GUAGAGGCAACACGGGCUAAGCGGGCAACACCAUCUGAGGCGUCGCUUUUAACAUUACCCGGGAGGUGAGAAAUAAUUUUAAAGUCCGCAAAAACAAAGCCCCGACCUCCCCUGCAGUCACUGUGGGAUCUGUCUGCGGGCGAACAGUAAAGCGAGAGAGAUGAGUCAGGCGGAGCAGGUACCUGAGGACAUGCCUGCAGGCCUCAACGAUGACACAAUACCGACAGACAACAAGGACCACCCUCAGACGCAGCCGGGCAUGUUUGGCAGACUGGCGGGGGGCCUGUAUGGAGUCACCAGAGGAGCCGUGGGAGCCACAGUGGGCGGCGUGGCCUGGAUAGGAGGGAAAAGCCUGGACCUCACCAAGACUGCAGUCAGCUCUGUAGCUGCCGUGCCUGCGAUGGGAGUCGGGCUGGUCAAAGGGGGAGUGUGCGCCGUGGCCGGAGGAGUGGGUGCAGUCGGCUCCGCAGUGGCCAGCAAAGUUCCCAUAGGGGGCAGCAAAAAGAAGGACAAGUCUGACUGAUGGAGAGGGAGGACGACUGCGUUUGUCUGUCGAAGCAUUCGUGUGCAGUCAGACAGCAACAGAGGACUCAGUGUGGUGUCGGUUCUGUGCCUGUUUUGUAUCGAUGCCUGUAUGUUUUUAUGCAAUUGUGAAUUCACGUUACCAGAAUUGUGGCAAAGGUUUCAAAAGCGACAGCACAACGGAGACUCUACUCAGACUUCUCACUAAAUCACUUUUGAUAUAGAAAGAAAAACUAUUAUCUGUGAAACCAUUUCGAUAAAGUAUUCAUUCAACUUUUGAUAAAAAGCCACAACAUUGUUCUCACUUUAAACUGGGGUAUUUGUCACAUUGAGUUUUUAUUGCAGAAAACAGUGCAAAGCUGGAACAAGAUUUUGCUUGCAAGACAAUCUGUGACCUUUAACUGACUGCAAGAUGAUGCAGAAUGGAGCUACAAAUAAUUUCUUUCUUCUUCUUUCACAUGUAUACAGAUAGGGAUGUCACGAUUUUUCUUUUCCUCUGAAAAUAAUACUUGCGUUGUCUUCAGUUCGUCUACAGAUAAUUCCUACUUUCGAUACGGACGUCACCGUUACUUCAUUGAAUAUUGUCUGUGAAGCGAUAGUAAUGAGCCUUUCUACCAAUUUUAAACUUUCCAUUUUUCUCUUGUAGCAUGUCUUCUCGAGAAACUUGCUUUGAAAAAACUGUUUACCACGCAUUAGCUUGAUAAGUUUCUCCUGCUGGACUCCAACUGUUACAUUCUGAACCAUGCUCGAACACUCCUCUCCCAUUGGACGGUUUGUUUUCUGUUGUGCAUUCAGAGUUUUGCCUGGACUUGUUCACAUCACAUUGUAAAUUUCAAGUGUCACUUGUGCAUUUUCAAGCUGAAUUCCUGUAAAAGUGUAUUUUAUUAAGAAAAUGUUCCUAAACACUUCAAGGUGUGUAUCACACAGAACCAAGGUUUGAAAGCUUUUGUUUGAUCAGUGUUGCAAAAUGGUGGAAUAUUACUGAAACAGCAAUAUUGUAUUCAGAACGUGUUUGAAUAAAAGACAUAAAAUUUG